AUGAGGAACCCAACUAUAGACAUGGAGCACCGAGAUACAAUGCCGCCACAGGCUCACAGUCUGCAAUCCGAGGCCCCGCGACGGAGCACGCAGAAGUCCGUACGUGUUGCGUUCGGCCCGGACCUGGAAACACACAUCCCGCCGCGCGAGAGAUCGCCCGCGCCGAUCUCGCAUCACCACCGAUCAUUCACCACCGUCGAGGGAUCGAAGCCGCCGCCGCCGAAUCGCCCGACCAGUUCGUCCGGCGAGAACACGACGCCCACCGAGUUCAGUUCGCCGUAUACCUCCGGUCAGGAGUCCGGUAGUGCGCGCCCGACGGCGGCGUUGAAGAGGGCUAGGAGUGACUAUGGACCUCGCGGAGGUGGAGGCGGGGGCUUCGAGAGACCCGUGUUCCCUGAUAAUGACGAGGAGGAGGACUUUGCGAUGAGGCAUGGGUGGCAAGAGGAAUACACGUCGAGCGAGUACCUCAAGGUUCUCCAUUCGAAUUUCUACAUGUACUUCACGGAGAAGCGUCACGAGACGAAUGGGUUCCCGCGAGACCCUGUCGGAAGCUGGCCGUCUGAGGACUGGCGGAUGAAGGACCGCCUGAAGACCGUUUCCGCCGCGUUGGCGAUCUGCUUGAAUAUCGGUGUCGACCCGCCGGAUGUCGUCAAGACGAAUCCUACCGCUAAGCUGGAAUGCUGGGUCGAUCCGACCUCUACGACUGGCGGUGGUAACAACAAACUCAUGGAGCAGAUUGGAAAGAAGCUGCAGGAGCAGUACGAGACGCUUAGUCUACGGACGCGGUACAAGCAGUACCUUGACCCUUCGGUUGACGAGACCAAGAAGUUCUGUGUUUCGCUUCGCCGCAACGCCAAGGACGAACGAGUGCUCUUCCACUACAACGGUCACGGUGUUCCGCUGCCGACGCAGUCCGGAGAGAUCUGGGUGUUCAACAAGAACUACACGCAGUACAUUCCGGUGUCGUUAUACGACCUGCAACAAUGGCUUGCAGGACCUAGUCUGUUUGUUUUCGACGUGUCUCAAGCCGGAAACAUCGUUCAGAACUUCCACACUUUCGUUGAGAAGCACGAGAAGGAGAAUUCCGAGCAGAAGAGGCUUGAUCCGAACGCGAUUGUGCAAAACUACGGGGACUGCAUCAUCCUCGCGGCAUGCCAGAAGGAUGAAUCUCUCCCGACGAAUCCAGAUCUCCCCGCGGAUUUGUUCACGUGUUGCCUUACCACGCCAAUCGAGAUCGCGUUGCGCUUCUUCGUCCUCCAGAACCCUCUUCAAACCAAUGUCAAGGUCGACGAUUUUCGAGUUCCCGGUCGCUUGCAGGAGCGCAGAAGCCCCCUCGGCGAGUUGAACUGGAUCUUCACCGCUAUUACCGACACGAUAGCGUGGAAAACACUACCACGCGACCUUUUCAAGAAGCUUUUCCGCCAAGACCUCAUGGUGGCGGCCUUGUUCAGGAACUUCCUGCUCAGUGAGCGGAUAAUGCGCACGUACAAGUGCCAACCAAUAUCGUCGCCUGAACUCCCGGCGACGCAUGACCACCCGCUGUGGAAGAGCUGGGAUCUGGCAGUCGAGAUGGUUCUUGCUCAGCUUCCUGCGCUGAUUGACCAUGAAGAGGGACGCAGGCAUUACGAGUACCAGCAUUCCUCUUUUUUCGCUGAACAGCUUACGGCGUUCGAAGUGUACUUGUCUUCCGGCCCGACUGAGAAGAGUCCACCGGAUCAGCUACCCAUUGUCCUGCAAGUCCUUCUGAGUCAGGCGCACCGGUUAAGAGCAUUGAUCCUGCUCAGCAAGUUCCUCGAUCUGGGACCAUGGGCUGUCCACUUGGCUUUGAGCAUUGGUAUUUUCCCCUAUGUUGUGAAGCUUCUUCAGUCCGCAGCCCAAGAGCUGAAGCCGGUCAUGGUGUUUAUCUGGGCGCGGAUCAUGGCCGUCGACCACACAGUACAGAAUGACCUUUUGAAAGACAACGGGAUCCACUACUUCAUUUCCAUCCUCAAUCCAUCCUCCCCCAUUCCCGUUGGCAAUGCCAGUGAACAUCGGGCGAUGUGCGCCUUUAUUGUCUCCAUAUUUUGCAAGAACUAUACCCAGGGUCAGAAUGUCUGCCUUUCAUCCGACCUUUUCGAAUCCUGUUUGAUGCAUUUGAUGGAUGUCGAGAACCCUCUUCUGCGACAAUGGUCGUGUCUCUGCAUCAGUAUGCUCUGGUCUGACUUCCCAGAAGCCAAGUGGAUGGGCAUCCGGUGCGCUGCGCCAAUGAGGCUCUGCGAACUCAAUUUCGACCCCGUCCCGGAAGUAAGAGCUGCGAUGCUCCAUGCUCUGACGACCUUCCUCGGCAUCCCGGACUUGACGGACCAGGUGGCGCAAAUCGAGGAAUCUCUGGCCCUUGCUGUCGUGCCCAUGGCGUCCGACGGCAGCGUCAUUGUCAGGAAAGAGCUCCUCGUCUUCUUCUCGACUUUUGUGAAACGCUAUCAGAAUAAGUUCUUAGUGGCUGCUUACGAAGAACUUCAGGACGAGAAGAAGAAUCUUCUCGGCAAGCUCGGCUUGGAGGACUCUCAGCCUCCUGAGACGAACGGUUCAGUCAAGCCGCAGCCGCUGUCCAGAAACACAACAUUUGGCACAAUCUGGAAGCAACUUCUCAUUCUUUCCGUCGACCCCCAUCCUGAUAUCGCGCAGGACGCGGGAAUGGUUGUUGAUUACAUGCAUUACCUGUUACUUGACUCACCCAUGGCUUCGCUAACUGAACGAAUCCGAAAAGAAAUCCUGGAUCUCUCAGGUCGAAUCGAACAGCAGUCGCAAUUUCGAGAAAAGCCGAGUGUGAAGAAAGCUGCAGCGCCGCCACCGCCUCCCACCGCGCCUCCCAAGCAAGAAGGCUACCUCUCGUUGAGCCUUAGGCGAACUGCUAGUGUAGCAGCAUCGCUCAAGAACCUCGCGUUUGGCGGCUCUUCACAGGGCGAAUCAUCUCAAGACUCAGAUCCGUCAACAUCGCCCAAAAUUCGUGCCCCUUCAACCCCACGAGGCCGAGCCCCUCCGGAAUGGACCCGACCGCCCGAAGUAAACGACCAACUUGCUGCACCAGCCACAUACCAGCAAGCCCCGGUCCCCACAUCCCGAGGAUUCGAACGUAGAGACCCAUCAGUUGUCCCAAGCAUCCCAUUGAUGAGCAGAUUCUUAGAUUGGUCCACAGAGGUAAUUCCAGAACUCCUCCAUUUGCUGUCCCAGAAAUACACCGAUGAGUACGAACGUCUUCUCACGCAUGCCCAGUAUUUUCGGGAACCCCAGAUGAAACCGAACGAGCCCGAUGAGCCCGGUAGCGCGGACUACAACGAGCGUCUCUGGCGGCGCAGCCGCAACGAGAAAAUCAUCUCGGAGACCCAGCCGCUGAAAGGGAAGGCGGGCAGCAAUCGCUGGGAUAACUCGGUGGCGCUGUUGUCCAAUGGUACCCAGCCGUUGAAAAUGUGCUUCCAUCAGUUUGAGGAUCAUAUUGCUGUUGCUGACGAUAGGGAUACCAUCACGAUUUGGGACUGGCAAAAUCAUAAGCGUCUCAACCGGUUCUCGAACAGGAAUCCGGUGGGAUCUAAGAUCAACGAAGUUCGUUACAUCAACGAAGACGACCAGGCUCUUCUGAUGACAGGAUCGUCGGAUGGUGUGCUCAAGGUGUUCCGCAACUAUGAGUCAGCCAAGGACGUCGAAAUUGUGACUGCCUUCAGAGCACUGCCCGAACUAAUCCCCAGCAACCGCAACGCCGGUCUCGUCCUCGACUGGCAGCAAGGCCAGGGUAAGGCUUUGGUUGCGGGUGAUGUCAAGGUUAUCCGCGUGUGGAAUGCAGCGACGGAAGUCUGCACGAACGACAUCCCCGCCCGCUCCGGCUCCUGCAUCACCUCCCUAACCUCCGACCAAGUCGCCGGCAACAUCUUCGUCGCGGGCUUCGGCGACGGCGCCGUCCGCGUCUUCGACCAGCGCCUCAAACCCACCGCGUCCAUGGUCAAAGUCUGGCGCGAGCACAAGCAAUGGAUCACAAACGUCCACAUGCAGCGCGGCGGCCUACGCGAACUCAUCUCCGGCUCCCGCAACGGCGAAAUCAGACUCUGGGACCUGCGCAUGGAUAACCCCAUCUCCACGAUCUUCGGGACGAGAGAUACCCUCCGCACCCUGAGCGUUCACGAGCACGCGCCCGUUUUCAUGGUCGGCACAAACCGCCACGAAGUCAAGACCUACAACGUCGACGGCACCCACCUCUCCACCUUCGAGCCCUACUCCAGCUUCCUCCACCAUAACCGCUCCUCGCCCAUCUCCAGCACGGCCUUCCACCCGCACCGCACCCUCUUCGCCUGCGCAGCCCUCAACGAUAAUCAUAUUAAUUUGGUUAGCUGCUAG